AUGGCUAGUUUUUCUAUAUCAGGUAGUACUGGUAAACAAGUAUUUAUUUCUCUUCGGGGUCUUUCUCAUGAAAUAUGUGUUGCAGCAACUCAAACUUCAUAUUGGCAACAGUUAACAAAUAAUUCAAGUAUUACAAUAACAUGUAAUGGAAAAUAUAUUCCUGUUGAAUUGGAAUCUUUUUGCAAUGAUGAUGAUGAACCGCGACUUCAUUUAGUUAUUCAGUCUCAACACGAACGAGAUAAUAAACAAUUUGAUAUCAUUUGUACACGAAUUCAUUACGAUUUAAUAUCAUUUGAAAAUAAUGAUCAUCCGAUUUAUGAUUUUGUUAAUCAUCAAGUGAUAGUUCAUGGUUCUUUAUUUAAUUCUCUUCCGAUUGAAAUGUUUGAUAUUGAACGAUAUUUAUUAGGUCAACGAAACUGUAACAUUAAAAAAAUAAGAAAUUCAUUAACUUGUUCAAUUUCUGUUGAUCCAUCAAUGGCACCUAGAUAUCGUUUUGUAAUAUAUCAUGAAAAUCAAACUAUUAUGGAUCUUGCAGCAAUUCAAAUUCAAGCUCUUGUAAAACAAGCACAAUAUCAUUAUCUAAUGACAUAUGCUACUAAAAUCGGACGAACUUUAAUUGGUCCUAUGGAAAAAAUGGAAACUGCUAUUUUAUCAACAGAUCCAGAAACAUAUCCAUCAUUUACACCAUUUCAACCUAUUGUUAAACGAAGACGUACUGAAGAUGAACAACAACAACAACCAACAACAAGUGGUCAAUUAAACAUUGAUUCUGAUCAAAGUGAUGAUGAAACAAUACCCGAUGAAAGACGGUAUAAAACUGAAGGUUUUCUUUCAAAUUCUACUUUACAUAAUUCUCCAACAUUGGAAGAUCCUGAUCAUAUUUCAAGUCAUCUAUCAUCCCUCUUAGAUGGUGUUUUUCUUGUUAAAGAACAACGUCGUGAACAAGUUGAACAGCUUCUUAAUCGUAUAUGCGAACGAAUGCAAGGUCGUACACCAAAAGAUGAUACAGGAAAAGCUCGAGAAGAUGCUAGUCAAAUAAAGUCGUACUUUCGCAAUGCUAGUGCAUCAAAAGCAGCUAGUAAUGAAUCGGAGUUUUCGAUUGAAUUAGUUGAACAUGAAAUUGAUUUACGUACACGUGGUAUUAAUACACAUAAAUGUACAUUAGUAUUCAAUAAACAAUUAAAAAUGGGUGCUGGUAUUCGUGAUCGUUUGAAGAAAACUGCUAAAGUACGUGCUUAUGAAAAAUUAAAAACAAUUACCAGAGAUACACCAAGAGAAAAUCUUAUAUUAAAACAGACACGAGAUGGACUUUGGAAAGUUGUUAUUAAAUCUAUGGACAAUCAGUAA